AUGGCCACAAACCGCACCGCCAUGGCUUCUCCGGGGAUUAGGACGGGCAAGGUGGUGACGUUUGUAUUUCUAAUACUCUUGGUAAACACCGCUCACUGCGAAGAAAAGAAAACAGAAACGAAAAAGAAAGUCGCUAAAACAGCUCUCGAGCCACUGAAGGCGUCAGCGACUGCACAGACAGGGUGGUAUGAAGGUGCCGGCGGAUCUUCAUCCUGGUCUUCGGGAGGACAAAGCUACGGCGGGGGUGGCGGUACAGCUGGACUUGGUCCUUGGGCUGACUCCGGCAGCGGAUCGUCGGGCAUCGGCGGAGGAGCUGGUGGAUCUGGACCAUGGCUGAUGCUGGCAAGGGCAAUGGUGGUGGCGCUUUCGGUGGUGCUGGGACCGUGGGCCGACUCCGGAAGUAGUGGAUUCGGCGGAGGUGCCGGACCAUGGCAAAGCUCGGGUAAAGGCUCGGGUGGCGCUGGCUUCACAUCGGGCGCCGGACCUUGGGCUGGCGCGGGAAAAGGAUCGAGCGGUGGCUACGGAGGCAGUGCCGGCCUUGAUUCAUGGGCCGGAGCAGGGAAGACCGGUGGAUUUGGUGGCUCUGGCAAGUCCUUCGGAGGAGGAGGAGCUGGCGUCGGACCGUGGGACCAAGCCGGAGGAUUCGGUGGCGGCAAGAUUGGCGGUAACGGCGGCGGUGGUGCAUCGUGGACCCAGAACGGUGGCUUCGGGGCUAGUGGCAAAGAAACUGGAUGGGACUUUUCACAAGGAUCGAAAUUCUCUGGUGGCACUGACUCCUGGGAUCAAGGUGGUCUUGGUGGUGGGAAACUUGGUGGCUCCGGUGGUGGGGCAUCGUGGUCGCAAGGACAAUUAGGUGGCAACAAAGCAGGGUACGGGGGAGCUGUGUCGUGGGACCAAGGCGGCAAAUCAUUCUCCCAGAAUGCUCAAAGUGGACCCUGGAGAGGCAAGACAGCUGUAGCUCAAGAUUCGUGGACGCCGAGUGGUGCAGGAGGCUAUGGAAAGACAUCCGCUGCAGGCGUCGGCCCAUGGGCUCAAGGUGCAGGGGCAGGAAAAGGAUUCGGUGCUGCCGAUGCUUGGCUUCAAGACAGUCCGGCAAGUGCAGGUCCGUGGGCACAAGGCGGAACCGGAAAUGGCAAGCCAGCAACCGGAGCCGGUCCCUGGGCGCAAGGAGGGAGUGGUAAUGGCAAGGCGAGCUACGGAUCUGGGCCUUGGUACGGAAGCUUUGCUGGUGGUAAAGGUGGGAAUGGAGGCGGCGCUGCCUCUUGGGCCAAUGGCGGAAACGGUGCCGGAGGAAAGAAGAUAUCAUCGCCAGGCCCUUGGGACUCGGGAAGUUUCGGAGGCGCUGCCAAGGGAGGAGCGGGACCUUGGGCACAAGGGGGAAGUGGAUAUGGAACUGGUGGUACUAAGAGCUUUGGUGGGCCAGGACCAUGGGCCGGUGCAGGAAACGGUGCAGGACCUAAAAGCGUUGGUGGGCCAGCACCCUGGGCAGGUGCAGGAAAUGGUGCAGGAAACGGUGCAGGACCUAAGAGCUUUGGCGGGCCAGGGCCCUGGGUGCAGGAAAUGGUGCAGGAACGGUGCAGGACCUAA